UGCCAAAUACGCGUCCGCCUGCAAGUCUGCCCCACUUCACUCGCCUUUCCCUUCACCCCUUCUCCUCCCAACUCGUCUCCAACAAUGAGUAAACCCUUUCCAAAGUGGCCGGUCGUUGACGGCGUAAAGGUCGCCUCUGUCGUUGUUGAGGAAGGCUCCAAGGAAGGCGAGACUCCAACCCGGCGUAAUGCGCUCCAUGCAAAAGCGCUCGUAACGCAGCCGCUUGAGGGUGUCACUACCGUCCCUGACAUCCUCGCUUACACUGCGCGCACUCACGGCACGAAGAACGCGGUUGGUUGGCGUGAGAUCAUUGACAUUCAUGAAGAGGAGAAAGAGGUCAAGAAGACGGUGGGUGGAAAGGAGGUCACCGAGGUCAAGAAGUGGAAGUAUUUCGAGCUCAGCGAUUAUAAGUACCUCAAUUAUAUUGAGGUCAAAGAUGCUGCCACGGAGGUUGCUGCUGGAUUGAAUGAGCUUGGCGUUAAGAAGGGUGACGUGUUCAACGUCUAUGCUCAGACAAGUCUGCCCUGGCAGUUCAUUUCACAUGGAUGCAUGUACAUUGCUGCUACUGUCGCCACAGCAUACGACACCCUCGGUGAAGCAGGCUUACAGCAUUCGCUAAACGAGCCAGAGUGCGUUGGUAUCUUCACCAAUGCCGAACUCCUCCCUACAGUUGCUCGUGUGCUGGAGAACGUUCCUUCUGUCAAGGUGAUUAUCUACGAUGGCGAGCCAUCAGCGAAACUGCUCGACGAGCUUAGGUCCAAGCGUGAGGGACUUCGCUUGUAUAGCUUUGACGAGCUUCGCCAGCUUGGCAAGGGCAAGACCUUGGACGGUGCCGCCACUGCCGCGCCGGAUGAUGUCGCGUGCAUUAUGUACACGAGUGGUACGACGGGUGCGCCGAAGGGUGUUGUCAUUACCCACAGCAAUCUCAUUGCGUCGGUCGGCGCCGUAUUCGAAUUGCUUGGCCACCAUCUUAGUCUAGACGACACGUUCCUGGCUUACCUCCCGCUUGCGCACAUCCUGGAAUAUAUCGUCGAGCUUGCGUUGUACUUCGUGGGAAUGACCAUCGGAUACGGACGCGUGAAGACGCUCACAGACGCGUCAGUGCGCAAAUGCCCAGGUGAUCUCCGAGCUUUCAAGCCAACAAUCAUGGUUGGCGUUCCUGCAGUGUGGGAGACGAUCCGAAAGGGUAUACUUAGCAAGGUUAACACCUCCGGUACGCUCAAGAAGAAUGUCUUCCAGGGAGCGAUUGCGGUGAAGAAAGCGAACAUACCUGCGUUGAAGCAGAUUGUGGACGCGGCUGUGUUGAGUGCUGUUAGGCAGCAGACGGGAGGACGGUUGAGACUUGCGAUGAGUGGAGGUGCUGCGUUGAGUAAGGAGACGCAGGAGUUUUUGACACUUGCACUUGUUACCAUGUUGCAAGGCUACGGUAUGACCGAGUCCUGCGGCAUGUGCGCCAUCCUCCCACCAGAGUUCAUGCAAUACGGUUCUGUCGGUGCUCCCGUACCAUCAGUCGAGAUUAAGUUACUCGACGUACCAGAAGCAGGCUACUUCUCGACGAACAAACAACCACAGGGUGAAGUAUUAUUGAGGGGUCCGUCGGUUAUUAAGGGAUAUUAUAAGCGCGAUGACCUUAAUAAUGACGAGACGAUAUUUACGAAGGAUGGGUGGUUGAGGACUGGGGACGUUGGGACUUGGAAUAAGGAUGGGACGCUUAGUUUGAUUGAUAGGAUAAAGAACUUGAUUAAGCUUCAAGGUGGCGAGUAUAUCGCCCUCGAACGUCUCGAAUCGAUCUACAAAUCCUGCAACCUCGUCUCCAACAUCUGCGUACACGCCACACCCGACGCUUCACGUCCCAUCGCAAUCAUCAUACCCCACGAGGUACACUUACGCCAAGCCUUUCCCAACCAAGAUCAAUCAUCCAGUAAAUCCUUACACGAUUUAUGUGAAGACGAAAGUGUACAGAAGAUGGUACUCAAAGCGUGUAACGAUGCUGGGAAGAAGAAUGGGUUUAAGCCUAUGGAGUUGUUACAGAAUGUUGUGUUGACGCCGGAGGAGUGGACUCCGGAGAGUGGGCUUGUGACUGCUGCGCAGAAGGUACAGAGGAAGAAGGUUGCGGAGAGGUUUGAGAGGGAGAUUAAGGAGGCGUAUGCGAAGUCGUAAACACUGGUUUUUGUUAUCCCUCGACCAUCCAUUCGCGGCGUUCGGACUAUGUCGGCCGGUUGGUGGGUUGGUUAGUUGAUUAGAGAAAGCCUUGAAACCCUACACCUACAGUAUUUACGAUUUUGAGUCCUCAACGCGACUCUAAUCUUGAGCGCGUCUUUUGGCUCUUGACUUUCCUCUUUGUCCUGAAUUCAAGAAGACUUUCUUUUUAUCUAUUGACUCGGCUUGGUGUUGCGUUGUGUUGGUACUGUCUUUGUUUUCGUUCACCUUUUUGUUUCUUUGCCUUCCUUUUUGUGUGUGUGUUUAGUGUAUAGCAAGUGUGAAUGAAUGAAUUGAUG